GCGACGGUGGUGCUGUGUAGUCUUGGCUGCUGCUUCUAAUUCUCGUUGCUGUUCUACGCUUUAGCUAGGUGUUUUUCUUUGCUUUCCUUGAUUUUCACUUCCCAGUCUUGACAUGUGUGUAUGACAAAACGAAACAAUAUAAGACUUGGAAAUCACGGCGUUUCGUUGGCAUUUUACGAAGUUCCAGGAACAUUACUGUAUCCACGACCGGUGUUUCUUUGCUUUACCAACGUAAGGUUAUUCCGUUUCUUUGCUUCAAAACUACUACUAUUGAGGAAUUGACACAAGGAUGCGAUUCAGCAUUGAACCCUUACCAGGAAAGAAUGGCUAUCAGCAGUGGUAUGACGCACUCAAAGCCGUAGUACGUCUACCGAGAGGUAUACCCCACGAAUUCAGAAGACAAAUAUGGCUGUGUCUGGCAGACAAUCAUAUCAGAAGUAUCAAAGUGGACUGGGAGAAGACUGUCAAACUAGCAUUCAAUGAACGAAGUAAUCCGGAUGACGACAAGCUAGGAAUUCAAAUAGUAAAGGAUCUACAUCGUACUGGUUGUAGUGGGUUUUGUGGUCAGGAAGCUGAGGAAGACAGAGUGGUAUUGAAAAGGGUUUUAUUAGCAUAUGCUCGUUGGAAUAAAGCUGUUGGGUAUUGUCAAGGAUUUAACGUACUCGCUGCACUUAUACUAGAAGUUAUGCAACGUAAAGAAGAUGACGCACUAAAAAUGAUGAUUUACUUGAUAGACCAUGUACUUCCUGAAAGUUAUUUUGCUAAUAAUUUGCGUGCUUUGUCUGUGGAUAUGGCAGUCUUCCGUCAACUUCUUCAAAUUAAAUUACCGCAACUCUCAAAACAUUUGGAUAAUUUACAGAAAGCAGCCAAUGAUGAUGCUAAUGGUCACUAUGAACCUCCACUCACCAAUGUAUUUACUAUGCAAUGGUUCCUGACUCUGUUUGCCACAUGUCUUCCAAAACCAAUUGUACUAAGAGUUUGGGACUGUGUAUUCCUGGAAGGUAGUGAAAUCUUACUGAGGACAGCACUUGCGAUCUGGGCCAAACUAGGAGAUCGUAUAGAAGGUUGCCAAUCAGCUGAUGAUUUCUAUACCUCAAUGGGAUUCUUAACACAUGAAAUGUUACAUAUAGGACUGGUUAGUGGAGAUGAACUCAUACAGACAAUUUACAAUAUGGCGCCUUUCCCGUUUCCUCAUCUUGAUGAAAUUCGUGAAAAGUUCAUGUACAGCAUUACUCCAUUUACACCAGUGGGUACACUGGAAAAAUCUGUGAAAAACAAAGAAAAGCCCAGACGAAGUGUUACUAGUGAUGAAGAAAUAGAUUUGGAUGAAGAUGAUUUGCAAGCCAUCAAUUGCUUUGGCGUGUUUAUGCCACCGUCACCACAGAGGAAAUUAGAAAAUGGUGAGAUUGGAAGCAGUAAUGACAUCACAAACGUGAGUCCCGGUGCCUUCUCAUCCAGUAGUGAUAUGAGUUUCAGUCAAAAAAUUUCUUCAUCCAUGCUGGAAAGAAUGUCAUUAGAUAUUUACUCACUAAAAAGGCAGUAUUGGAGGAUUCAGGAGCGACAGCAACAAGCGCAUGUCAUAUAUGGAUCCGGAUCAUCUGUUAAACCAACAGACACCCAAGUUGAUGCGAGGCCAAAAAUGGUGAGAAAGAAUAUUACUCCACAUAUUGAAAAACCACCUGUGAUGAAUCACUUAUUUGUUGGCAAGAAAGGGCUUGGUGCUAGGAAUAAGAGAGUAACGAUUGGUCCCAGGAUAGCAUCACCAACUCAAAAUCACGCAAGUGCUGUAAACCAUCUUAGGAUAAGAGCACAUGUCAAUGCUCAUGUUGCCAAGACGAUUGCCACAUCUCCGCAAAGUUCAUCAUCAGACAACUCCCCGGCUGAAGAUAAGGAAUCACCUGUUGACAUAGCAACAAAUGAGAAAGUGACAAAUGGGAUGGAUGAAAAUGAAACCGGGAGUGAGGUUGCCAUGACAGAAAAUGUUGAAAGGAGUUCAUCAAGUGGUGAUGACCAGACUAAUUUGGAUCAAGAUUGUUCAUCAGAUGACUCUAAUGAACUGGACACUAGUGUAGAAAAUAACAGUGGAAUAGAAAAAGUAGAGAAUAACACAGAGGUGUCUGAGGAGACUACGGCUGCAGAACCAAAGUUAGCAGUGUUGAUUGAUCUUGAAGGCAUAAAUGAUGAUAUGAAAAAGAAAACUAGCCAAUCAAACAAGUUUCAUUUUGAUGUUACAAGCAUUGCUGCUAAACUAACUGAAGAGGCUACAAAAACCAACGGUAAACCCAAACAAAUAAACUCCCAAGAAGAUGCAAAGCCAAAUGACAGACCUCGACUGUUAGAUCUCUCAAGACAGACAAAUGGCAAAUCAGCGGCAAACGAACUGGACCAAAAACAACAACAUGUUCGAAAAGGUUCGCAUCAUAAUGGACGUAUUCAUCAUCAUACCUUAAGAACACAUCACAAACAUAACCAACAAUAUAGAACACCAAGGCAGGUACAUCAACAUCAUCCCCAUCAUCGUCAUUCACAAGAAUUCAAGGACAAGAAACCCAUGACGUUGUUGGAAAUGGCAACCCAGGCAACUACUGUUAGCGCUCACAGGAGUGGUAGCAUUGAUACAUCUUCAGAGUCACAACACCCUAAUGAGACUGCUGUACUGCCUGUUCAAACAGUGGAAGAAAGAAUUGCCACUUUCUCCCUUAAAGACAAGAAGAAAAGAACAAGGUCCAAAAGUACAGAACAAUUGAUAUCCCCAACAUCUCCUUCAGAGUCCAAUUCAAAAUCCAAAAGUUUUAAUCCUUUUCCUCAAAGACAAUUGAAAAGUGGCCUCUCUCAAGCAAAAUGUGGCAAUAAAUUUGGGCUGUACAAUGGAAAUAACCCUAAAGAUAGAUCGUUAAUUUCCCAAGCAGAUAGUUUACAAAUAAGCUAA